AUGUGCAUGAUCGCUCUCGGAGGAGCGGAUAUCUCUUUCGAAUUUGGUAUUCAUGCAUGGGAUAUUGCAGCUGGUGAUAUCAUCGUAAGAGAAGCCGGUGGAGUGUGCAUAGAUCCAGCAGGUGGGCCGUUCGAUGUCAUGAGUAGAAGAGUUUUAUGUGCGUCAACAAUGGAGUUGGCACAAGAAUUAACCAAAGUAUUAGUUCAAUAUUAUCCGGAACGUGAUUAA